UCAUAACCUACAAAACUGCAAAGUAGGAACAUAAGCGAAAAUGCCAGAACAAGAGGAACUUAUGAAACUGUUGCAGAUGCAAAGCAAAUUACUGGAGCAAUUGACUCAAAGAUCAAAGCAGCCAGUAGAAAAUUCAAAGGAACAGUUGAUGGAGUCAUUGGCAAAAAGCAUAGCAGAAUUUUGCUAUGAUGCCACAAACGCACUCACAUUCGACACGUGGUAUGCACGUCACGAAGACGUUUUCUUGGUCGAUGGAAAAGAUUUGGACGAAGCAUCACGUGUUCGCCUCUUAAUGAGGAAGCUAAAUCCAAUUGCGUAUAACAAGUAUGCAACAUAUAUUUUACCAAAAAAUCCACGAGAUUUCACAUUCGAAGAAACAGUCUCCAAGCUGGGAGAAAUGUUCGGUGCAAAUGAAUCGCUCUUCAGUAUAAGAUACAAAUGUUUGCAAAUUAGUAAGAAUCAACAGGAAGACCUGGUAUCGUAUGCAGCCAGGGUCAAUGCUCAAUGUGAAAAAUUUAGACUGUCGGAACUUUCGGCAGAUCAAUUCAAAUGCCUCAUCUAUGUAUUUGGGUUGCAAGCACACACAGAAGCCGACAUUCGUAUAAAAAUAUUGGCAAAACUAGAAGAAGAUUCAAAGCAAACAUUAAACUCUCUGGUAAGCCAUGCGCAAAAAUUCAUCAAUCUAAAGAAAGAUACAGCAAUGGUGGAAGAGACAAAAGCCGUAAUAACCAACGCAAUACAUGCAAAUACACGCCAAAGCAAGAACGAUGCAACUAAAAAUAGCAAAACAAAUAAAGCGAAGAUUCCAAAAACACCCUGUUGGAAUUGCGGAGACAUGCACUAUGCAAAAUAUUGUACAUAUCGCAAUCAAAAGUGUAACAAGUGCAACAAAUACGGUCAUAAGGAGGGGUACUGUAAUUCAUACAGCGCCAGCAAAAGCAAAAGCACAAAACCUCAGCGACACAAGCAACAACAAACGAGCAACAAAGGUCACAACAGUUGCUUACAAGUAAAUUCAAUAACGCAUGUUAAUCGACGCAAAUACACAACAGUAAGCAUAAAGCCGAUAGAAACCGCAACUUCAUCGUUUCCGUCGUGUGAUGUCAGAAUGCAGGUGGACACCGCCUCGGACGUCUCGCUAAUUGGAAAGUCCACAUGGAUACAAAUGGGUCAACCGGGAAUACGGUUGGAGAACAAAUACGUUACCAGCGCAUCAAAAGAUAAGAUUCAACUAUUAGCCGAAUUUUCUUGUGAAGCUAGGCUAAACGGGGAAGUACAAUACUGUAAUUUAUUCGUAACAAAUAUUGAUUCUUUGAACAUCUUAGGUGUUGACUGGUGUGACAUUUUCCAUAUUUGGGAAAAGCCUCUCAAUCUCAUUUGUAACAACAUCAUAUCGGUUCAAGAUCAACAAUCUACUAUUUUGAAGCAUAUACAGCAAGACUAUGCGGACAUAUUCAAGCCAAAUCUGGAAAGUUGUAGCACAGUUACAUCAGCAUUGCAUCUAAAGGCGGAUGCUAAACCAAUUUUUCGCGCAAAAAGGCCAGUAGCAUAUUCCAUGCUACCAUAUAUUGAAGAAGAACUAAAGAGAUUACAUCAAUUAGGGGUUAUCACCCCUGUAGAAUUUUCUGAAUGGGCAGCGCCUAUCGUCGCAGUGAAGAAACCGUCUGGCAAGGUUCGGAUCUGUGGUGAUUAUUCAUCAGGGCUGAACGCAUGGUUAGAGCCCCAUCAAUAUCCGCUGCACACGCCAGAAGAAAUUUACGCAAAGGUCGCGGGAAGUCAUUGUUUUACCGUAAUAGACCUAUCAGACGCGUAUCUACAGGUACCCGUCACAGCAGAGACAGCCAAGCUGCUCACCAUUAACACGCAUAUGGGUCUGUUUACGUUCAAUCGACUCGCACCAGGUAUCAAAAGCGCUCCAGGAGCGUUCCAACAAAUCAUGGACACCAUAUUGGCAGGCAUAGAUGACACCGUCGCUUACAUAGAUGACAUCAUUAUAGGCGGUGCAACCUUUGAGAAACAUGUCGAAAACCUUCAUAAAGUGGCGCAACAGCUACAGAAGUAUAAAUUUCGGGUCCAGUUCGACAAAUGCAAAUUUUUUGCUGCACAGGUAAAAUAUUUGGGAAACAUUUUAAGCAAAACAGGUAUAAAACCUGACCCCACCAAAAUAAGCCAGAUUCUAGCACUACCAGAACCCAAAAAUAUUUCAGAAGUCAGAGCAUUUCUGGGCAGUGUAAAUUAUUAUGGAAAAUUCAUCGCAGAAAUGUCCAAAAUCAGAGCACCUUUGGACAAAUUGCUUCAUAAAAAUGAAAAGUUUAAUUGGAAAGCUGAUUGCCAAAAAGCCUUCCAGCAAUUCAAACGCAUUUUAAAUUCAGAUUUAAUGCUUACGCAUUAUAACCCCAAUUUACCAUUGAAAGUGGCAGCAGACGCCUCCAAUAGAGGAAUCGGUGCGUUUAUUUGUCACGUUUUUCCGGACGGAUCAGAGAAGGUUAUACAACACGCCUCAAAAGCUUUAACGGAUGCAGAGCAAAAGUACUCGCAAAUUGAAAAGGAAGCUUUAGCAUUAGUUUUUGCGCUAAAGAAGUUCCACAGAUUUAUUUUUGGACGUCAGUUCACAUUGUGCACGGAUCAUAAGCCGCUAAUCGCAAUAUUUGGUAAAAAUAAGGGCAUCCCAACGUACGCAGCAAAUAGGCUUCAGCGAUGGGCACUAAUAUUGAUAAUGUACGACUUCAAUAUCCAAUACAUUAAAACAACAGAAUUUGGAUGUGUAGACAUGCUUUCGCGCCUUAUAGCCAAUCACACAAAGCAAGACGAAGACAUGGUGAUAGCUUGUACGCAAAUGGAAGAAGAAAUGAACACGAUUAUUGAAGACCAAUGUGAAAAACUUCCGGUGAGUUUUGAAAUGAUAAGAAAAGCUACAAAGCAAUGUUCAACGGCCCAAGCUGUCAUAAACGCAUUAUCAAAUGGAUGGAAGCAAGAAAUAACACCAGAAUUACAGCCAUUUUAUGCACGGAAAGAUGCACUCAGCGUGAUUCAAGAGUGCCUAAUGUUUCAUGAACGCAUAGUGAUUCCGAAGAAAUUACAACCACGAAUUUUACGUCAAUUACACAGAGGACAUCCAGGUAGAGAACGGAUGAAAUUGUUAGCAAGGAGUUACGUGUAUUGGCCUGGUGUGGACGAAGAUAUAGUCUCGUAUUCACGAAAUUGUCAACUUUGUGCAUCAGCAGCAAAAAUGCCUGUAAAACAUACACUACGAUCAUGGCCGUUAGCAACAAAACCAAUGGAACGGUUACACAUAGAUAUAGCAGGACCAUGCAAUGGUUUUUAUUACUUCGUAAUCGUAGAUGCAUUCUCAAAAUGGCCUGAAAUUUUUCAAAUAGAGAAUAUCACAACGCAAACAAUCAUUAGCAAGCUAAAUGAAACGCUUUCACGUUACGGAGAUUGUGACACACUGGUCUCUGAUAACGGCACACAAUUUACGAGCGGAGCGUUCGAACAAUUCGUAACAUCGCGGGGUAUUCAACACAUAAGGACAUCGCCUUAUCAUCCCCAGUCCAAUGGACAAGCGGAACGGUUCGUAGAUACACUGAAAAGGGCAUUAAAAACAAUUAAAAAUGGAAGGAACGAAUUCAGAAAACUUGCAAACAUUUUUGCAAACGUAUAGAUCCACACCAAAUCCGAAUGUGGU